CGUCAUCCUGAUCUCUGUUUGCUUGUGUCUUCCCCUCUCAUUCAACACAACAACAUCCAUCCACCCUUGCUGCGACCAUCAUCCCGCAUCACACACGAUAUGGGUUUGCUGAGCGAGGGCACGCCGCUGGAUUGGCCAGAGGUGAAGAAGGUUGCCGACUAUGUACGCGAGCACGGCAUCGUCCAGCUCAUCAACACCUUUGAGCGUCUUCAGACGCGCACCAACGACGUCCUCAAGUGGGGCGACGAGGUUGAGUACAUGGUUGUGCGGUUUGACGAGGAGCACAAGCAGGCGAAGCUCGUGCUGCGCGGCAAAGAGUUUUUGCAGAAGCUGAAGGAGACGGCGAAGCACUGGCCCGAGACGGAUGCCGGCACGGUAGCCUGGCUACCAGAGUUUGGAAGGUACAUGAUUGAGUCAACGCCUGGAGGUCCUUAUCAAGGCCAUUUGCAAGCCUUCCUCAAGGUGGAGAAGAAUAUGGCACUGCGACGUGCCCAGGCGAAGGCGGCGCUUCCAUCCGAUGUCCACCUCCUGUCGCUGACUGUCUUUCCCAGGUGCUAG